GCUAUUGUUUUGAUGGAUCGUAAAUGAAUUUUAGUUUUUAAAACAAAUUUGUAGAAAGUUGUGGUUUUCACCUUGUAACUGUAGAGAAUUCUGUUUAAUAUUGCACAAUCGAGGAAUUGUAAAAAAAAAAAAAAAGGUAAAACGAACUUUGGCAGACCAUGCAGAAUGGCAGAGUUUGGUUGGGCUCUGUCUGAUAGCACGCAGGUCAAGGCCAAAGAUGAAUUAAAUGAACACCCUGAAGAAAGGCAAAAGGCUAUCCAGCUUAUGAGAGAGCUUAUACCAACACGUCCAGAUGUUGGGUUUUUAAGAACUGAUGCAGCAUUUAUACUGCGUUUUUUACGAGCAAGAAAAUUUAACGUUCAGAAGGCAUUUUCUUUGUACACACAAUACUUUGUAUAUCGACAAAAGCAUCCAUCAUUGUUCAACAGUUUUAAUGCAUCUGACUCAGGAAUCAAGCAAGCUCUUCUUGAUGGAUUCCCUGGUGUUCUACCCAAUCCUGAUCAUCAGGGUCGCCGCAUACUUCUGAUCUUCACUGCAAAUUGGGAUCACUGCCGUUAUAGCCUUUUUACAAUCUAUCAAGCAAUUUUGUUAUCUUUAGAACGUCUGCUUGAAGAUGAAGAAACUCAAGUGAAUGGUUUUGUCAUUAUUGUUGACUGGACUGAGUUCAGCUUCAAACAGUCUUCCCAGCUCAAACCCAAAACAUUGAGGUUAAUUGAAGGACUUCAGGACUGCUUUCCAGCUCGAUUUUCUGGAAUCCAUUUCAUUAACCAACCAUGGUAUGUUGAAGCUGCUCUCACUGUAAUGAAGCCUUUUUUGAAAGACAAGACAAAAGAGAAAAUCUUUAUGCAUGGUAAUAACAUGACUACACUUCACUCCCACAUUCAUCGAGACAUCCUGCCUGCUGAACUGGGGGGGCUUGGACCUCCCUAUCACUAUCAGUCUUGGGCCUUGCAGCUGGUAGGAGAGCCAUUUAGCUUUAGUGACAGAAAUAUUUUUUGGCCACUCCACAAUGAAACUCCUUGUUCCAGCUCAUCUCCUUUAACUUGUAGAGCCAAGCGUUCUGCUACUUGUCCAUCUCGACUUGUGGAGCGUAAGGAUGGAAAGCCAUCAUGCACAAAACUAGAUGAAUGUUUCUUUUUAAAUGAAUGAAUUCACAAGAGGUUUUCUGGUCUCUCAGUUAUAAUAAACCAAAGAACAUAAGUUCAAGCUUGGAAUGUCAUACAUGAAUUCUAUAUUUCUAUGUUGAUACAGAAUAAAAGGUAUUUCGAGAAACUUUGAAGAACAUUUUUGAAAGGGAACUGCUUGUUAUCAUGUGGAAAAUAUCUUAACAUUUACUCUAAUAACUUUUAUAAUCAGGGGCCGAAAAACCAUGUGUGAGAAACACUCCAAUUGUCUUUGUAAUCAGGUCAAAAAUACAUUCAAGAGGUGCAUGUGUUUGCAUUUCAAUCGAAAAAGGUACUCAUAACUGUCAUAACUAAACAGAAAUAAUUUUAGCAUCUAUUUUACUUUAGUACAGUUUUUAACUACAAAAAACAGUGUUUAAGAAGUAUAUCAGUACUAUCUGAGAAAUAGACUUGUAGAUAUUUGAAUCAUCAUACUAGAAAUUGUUUUAUCUUAUUUAUACAAACAUAGGACUCAUACUGGACUUUUUGUAUUAUUUACUACUAUUUGUUGUUAGUUUGAAAAAAAGUUAGUUUUUUUUUCUAGU